ACUGUUUGCUGGGACCCUGGUAGCGCAUCUCUCGGCGGCUGGGGAGAAUUCGUGAGUCGGUGAGCCGCCUCGACAGUUCUCCCCCUGUCCCCUUUUUGUUACCGUCUCUGUGGCGUACGUCGGCCAUAGCUGGGGCGACCUUCAGACGUGAUAAACAUGCCGGUCCGGACCGAGUGCUGCAGUACCGCCUGUGCGGCCUUUAUAGCCUCGGCCUCGCUUAUCCCGCCUCCCCCAAUCAACACGCAGCAGCCGGGUGUCGCCACCUCGCUCCUGUACAGCGGCUCCAAGUUCCGCGGACACCAGAAGAGCAAAGGGAAUUCGUACGAUGUCGAGGUUGUUUUGCAGCACGUUACGAUGGAAGACUCGUACUUGUGCGGGUACCUUAAGAUCAAAGGACUGACAGAGGAGUACCCAACACUUACUACAUUCUUCGCUGGAGAAAUCAUCAGCAAGAAACGCCCCUUUUUAACACGGAAAUGGGAUGCAGACGAAGAUGUUGAUCGCAAACAUUGGGGCAAGUUCCAAGCUUUUUAUCAGUAUGCAAAAACAUUUAACUCUGAUGAUUUUGAUUAUGAAGAGCUGAAAAACAGUGACUAUGUCUUCAUGAGGUGGAAGGAGCAGUUUUUAGUCCCAGAUCACACAAUCAAGGACAUCAGUGGUGCUUCCUUUGCAGGGUUUUAUUACAUCUGCUUUCAGAAAUCCACAGCUACCAUUGAGGGCUAUUACUAUCACAGAAGUUCAGAAUGGUACCAGUCCUUGAAUCUCACGCAUGUUCCCGAACACAGUGCUCCCAUAUACGAGUUCCGGUGACACCAGUGCAGCGAUGGCUCCAGCAGAGAAGGACCUUCGGCGCGGUCUCGCAGAUCAUGUAAAGAAGAGGGAGAGAAACGCAAUGAGCGGUCAGGUCGUUUGGGUAGCAGGCUGGUCUUCUCUGCUGAGGAACAGGAGACAGACUCGAGGGACAGAUGGGCAGAGUGGCCAUCGGGAAGCGGGCAAAUCGCACGCCUGGCUGGGAUCUGGAAUGUUGUCUGGGAUUUUGCGCCACGUUUUUCUUUCGUUCUAUUUUAAUCUCUGGUUUUUAAGAUACCUUUUUGUUUACCUGCACUCUUGUUAAGGUCUCUCUACUUUCUAAGUUGAGAUCUUUUUUUUUUCUUCCAAAAAUGGAAAAAAAAGAACAGCUGAAGUUGCCUCUUUUUGCAUCCAGGAUGUUUGCAGUCCCCGCAGUGGAAACACCUGUAACGUUUUUUCUUUUUCUUUGAUUUGGAGACUGUGCUUCAUUCGGGGAGUUAAAACUUGCUUUUUAAUAACUUUGUGUUUAGUAAAAGAGUGAUGCCUGUUUAAGCUGAGACGACACGUGGAGAAAAUGUCAUUAAGCUGCAGAGCAGUUUUAAUGGAUAAGGGCCUUAAGGACUACUACACUGCUGUUGAGAGCAGUAAAUCGGUAAGGAGUUUGUUUUGCAAGAAGACGUCAAAGCAAUGACUGUGUGCUGUGUCUAGGCUGGCAUAUAAAACAACUUGGUGUCUGAAGGUUUCACGCUGGAACUCUGAGCUGUGUGGCUUCGGCACCCCGCCACACCUAUAUUCUGGCUAGUUGACAGUUUUUUUUAAGAACAAAUGUAAUGAAAAUGUGUUAUUUAUACCUGGUCUUGAGUUCAAGGUAAGACGUGAUACAGAAGGCUAGCUGUAUGUUAAAACUCACCCGUUACCAGUCCAUAGAGGCAUUCAUUUUUAUGGCCAUCAGACCCGUUUUGAUAAACAAUUUCCUCUCUGCAACAAUGAGUUGGUUUUUGCUUAUGCUCCACUGAUAUCUCCUAACUCUCAUCUAUGCAACAUAAAACAAAUCACUGCAAGAAACGGCAUGGUUUUCCUUUAAAAGUUAACAGCUCAUUUUUAUUUUCAGAAAUGGAUUUUUAGAAAUUAGUAUUGCAAUGAAACUAAUUCUAGCCGUAAAAGUAUUUAUUUAAAAAUAUAUGAAUAUAUAACUAGAAAUAUAUAUGAAAAAUUAUAUCUUACUUUUUCAAGCACUUUCCACAGUGCCUCCCUGCCCUUCCAGGUCCUCUGCUUUUGAAUGCCCUGGGCGGAGUGGGCAACGUUUGGAUGGAUGCAGGCCGGUCUUGCGUACGGGAAGGCAGGAGAAUCUGUAGGACUCGCGCGACACUGUGUGGUGGAGCAACAGUAUUAUCUACCAGGCUGCUCUGCAGGACUGUGCAGUUAGUCCCCGGAGGUAUCUGUGCCACCACCUCUUCAGCAAACGCAGGGAGAAGCGUUCUUCAAGAGCUGUGCUAGGGUUAGACAGGACACCUUCAGUCUCUGAACCACAAUGGAGUUGUCUAGAAGGUUAGUAAGAGGUUCUUGCCCCACACUGUUGACCACUAGUGACCCAAAUCCCUUUUUUGUUGCAAAUUUGAGCCAAAUGCUCCAUCUACUUUAUCACUGGAAAACAAAGUUUAGGUAUUUGUUGUCUGUGGCAGGAUUACAUUGUAUUCUUUAUACAAUUAUAAAUAAUUGUAUAAAUGUUUUUUGAAUAAAUUGCUUCCUUUAUAUCUACAAUGGAAAAUAUAUACUGGUCUAUAUAAAACAUUGGAAUUUGGGGUGCAGAAAAAGCUUUUCCUGUUCAGUGAAAAGUAGUCUACCCACAUCUUCUCCAGUCCCUGAAGCCAUUUCUUUCCAUGGAUAAAAUCGUGUGUGAGGGAGAGAGGGCAGCUGUAGACACUGACGGAGAAGGAGUGAAGGCUGGGAGUGUUGUAACGAGCUAGAUUUUGGGGAGAGAGAUGUCUGCGGCAAAGCAUGUUUUUUGUUAAUAUUUAAACAUGCCAAUCAAAGCAAUGCUAAAAAAACACGUUAUUAUUGAACACUGCUUACAGAAAUGGUUUGACAAGUUUCUUCAAUUUAAAAUUAUUUUAAAAAGGCUUAAAAAUUAAAAAUCUACUAAACUUAAUUUCAAUUAAAAAUAUUUUUCAAAUAAACCACAACUUGCUAAUGAAUCCCUUGAUGAAUUAGAUGAGAAUCUUGGAAGGGAAUUUAUGAUUCUGUUUUCCACCAGAACAAAAAAGUUCUCCAUUAAGUUGUAACAUUCCAGAUUUUACUAGUUUCAAUGUUUCAUCUUUACCCAAAAACCACUCACACAGGUGCAGGGGGCAGCUUCAUUGCAUUCAGAAUUGUGCUGGUCUUGGAUAACAAGUGACCAUGCAAGUAAAUCUCUUAAUUUACCUACCUCAAAGGUCAAUUAAUGAAACAAGUGCCACUUUGUAUUGACUGCUAACAGGUGAUGAUGGAGAUAUAGGGCGGACAGGCUUUAAGGAAAUGAGAGUCCGGGCAACACUAAGUUGGUUUGAGUGUAGUGUUCACUUUUACAUGCUUUUCUGCAGUGCUCAUGGAGAUGUAUACAGGAACAAAUUAAAUUUCUUCAGUGCAUAAAUACCCUGUAAAAUAAAGAAAAGUACUUUUGUAAAUAUGGGACUGCAUUUGUCAUAUAUUGGAAUUACUGUAUUCCCUGCAAGACCUAAGGAUUUUUGUAUUGCUUUGUGAUAAAUUUGGGGAAAAUGGCUGAUGGAUUUUAAAGGUUUCAUAAAACUGCAAACUGAAGCACAAGGGUAAAAUGAGGCUGCCAGAAGCUGGACAGUGGAAUGUAUGUGGAGGCAAAGACGAGCUCCUGUUUUGACACUGUGGUCAAGAUGGGCUUUUUGUACAGGGAGAGCAAUGGUUUAUGAAGGUGUUGGAAAAAAGUUUUAAAAAAGAGAGGAAGUGCAAUUCAAUUGGCAUUUCAAUAAAAAGGGUUAUUGUGAAAAUGUU